UCGCUCGCGUCUCCCGUGUAUCUGUCUUCACCAUCGUCUCUCUGUGCGUGCGUGCGUGGCAGGAACCGGCGGCAGCCUGAGAUGACGUCACACCACCCAGCCGAGCUUGAUUCCGGCGCAGCAGACUCCGUGACUUCAUCCCCGCGAUCGGACCACGAGCUGCAUCCACAUGUCAGGUUCAUGUGCAGUUUCGGCGGUCGGAUCCUCCCUCGCCCCCACGACAACCAGCUCCGAUACGUCGGAGGCGACACACGUAUCGUAGCAGUUCACCGUACCACCAGGUCCUCAGCCCUCCUCUCAAAGCUGUCCAAGCUCUCCGGCUCCAACGAAAUCACCAUCAAAUACCAACUCCCCAACGAAGAGCUCGACGCCUUGAUCACCGUCUCCACCGACGAUGACGUCGAGAACAUGAUGGAAGAGUACGACCGCCUCACCCAAGGCUCUAAUUCAAAGACCGCUCGUCUACGCCUCUUCCUUUUCCCCGUCAACGGCUCCGUUUCCAGCGCCAGCAGCAUUAGUUCCAUCAUCGACGGUCAAUCUAAGCGCGUGCGCGAGCACUGGUUCUUCGACGCGCUCAAUGGUGGUGGAGGCGUUUCAGCAACGCCUUCCUUGGAGCGUGGUCGCUCCGAAGUUUCCUCUGUUGUCUCCGAAGUCCCCGAUUAUCUCUUCGGCUUCGAUAAUUCAGACGAGCCCAAACCGAAAACCAGGCCCACUUUGACCGAAAACGUAUCCUUUUCCGAUCCUGGUUCGCCGGCCUAUGGAUCAACCUCUUCGCAGCCCUGCGUUCCGUCGAUCUCUGAUCUUCCACCGGUCAAAACGAAAUUAGAGGACCCUAAUCAUGUGAGCGAUUCGAAGGAGAGCCAAAUCGAUGGUUUCAGGGAGACAGGUGAUCAGCCGGUUUCGCGGCAAACUGGGUACAUGGACAACACUACAUGGCAGUACUUCCCGGCGAGUCACUUUCCUGGUCCGGCGGUCCAACCGAUGCAGGUCUACUACAUGCCCGGUCCGGUUCCGCCCUGUAAGGUCCCCUCUGCAGCAGUUCCAGUUCCGGCAAAUUACGUUCAGAGAUUCCCGAUGGGAUUUGCACAUCCGGUUCAUGGUGUGGGUCAGGUUUACGCCGGGGGAGUGAAGGCGGUUACUGCCAUGGAACCAUAUGAUCAAUACCCACCAGGUGGAGUGGUUCCUGAACCGCAGGCGUACUACGCAGCGAGGAAUCCCGGGAUGAUUCCGUCUUAUCCUGCUGCUGGGGCUGAGUUGCAGGGGAGUGGUACUGAGACGAUUAUCGGUCGCGUUUCGCAACCGCAAUGA